AUGGAGGAAACGAAAGUCAUGAUCGUCGGUGCUGGCCCGUCCGGCCUAGCUUUGGCACUUUCUCUAGCUAAGCUCAAUUCAGUCAUUCUGGAGAAAGAAGCUGAGAUUACACAGGAUCCAAGGGGUGUUUAUCUCACUAGUGAUGCGGUUCGUAUCUUGUGGAAUCUUGGUCUUGGUGAUAGCUUAGAGGAGAUCGGGCAUGAGUUAUCCACGGUUAACUAUCACCGUGCUUCGUUGGUAAACGAUCCAUUCUGGACGAUGGAUAUCGGCAAUGAUGAGUUUUGGCAAGUACUUCCUAACGCAAUACUUCACACCCAACCAAAACUAGAGAGUGCGAUGCGGGGAAAGGUCAUCGAGUCGUCAUUUUGCAAUCUAAGAUGCCAAUGCGAAGUAGUAAACUUGCUACAGGAGGGCGACCGCGCCGUUAUUGAAUACGCGGACAAGAAUGGAGUUCGUCACAAGAUCUCGGGCUCCUUCGUUGUUGGAGCUGAUGGAAAGAAAGGUAUUGUGAGAAAAGAGUUCCUUGAGGAGUCCGCUGGAAUUAAACAAGUCGAGGGCUCUUACCGCUAUGACGGGACGUGGAUCGCAGCGAACCUGAAACUCAAGGUGCCAACAUCGGAGACGCAUCCCAACUUUCCCCUAUGGGAUCUUGGAUUUAACCCUGACGCAGUAUAUGACCUCUUCUGGCCCAAGGGUUGGCAUUUUUGCAGCCCGCCAGGAAGAGCAACCGCUGCAGGAAGGUUCGGCCCUCAUGCAGAUCGAUUAUGGCGCCAUGAGAUCGAGUACAAUGACUGGGAUGAUUCCACGGAUGCCGAGAAGCUCUUAUGGGAGAAUCUUGAACCCAUGAUUACGCGCACGAAGGAUACCUCGAAUAAGAUAUUCCCCGGUGGUGCUGUCACAUAUCCGCGCGAUUGUAUCAGCUUCAUCCGAUGUCGCCCUUAUCUAUUCACGCAUAAAGUCGUCAAUAAGUGGUAUCAUGGCCGCGUGGUUCUCAUUGGCGACGCUGCGCAUGUGUUCCCGCCAUUCGGUGGACAGGGCAUCGCGUGCGGUUUCCGCGAUGCUCACCAGCUUGCUUGGCGCAUCGCUUUACUUCAGCGUCUGCCUAACAGUAACGGGUCCCUUUGUGGUCGUCUGCUGGAUGGUUGGGUACGAGAACGUCGGUAUGGCGUUGACGACGCGACAAAGAUCACGAGAAUGAACGGCAGACUGUGUAAUAAAGGCGAUGAUAUUUAUUUCCGCUUGAUUCGUACUGCGGUCUGGCUCUUGAGAAGCAUUUCCACCAUAUUUAGCUUGCCCGAUCCUUUGGCUGCUUCCGAGACCCAAGGAUACCAGCCUGUUGAUGGUGGCUUCCUUUUGAAGAAGUUUCAUGGGGGAAACCGGAUGGCCCAGAUCUAUGUGGAAUCGAGUCAUGGAUCUCCCAUCCUGUCAGAUGAGUUGAUAAGGGAUACCAAGACGGUAAUGACGUUACUAAUCAUAACACGCGGUCAGUAUAGAGCUGCUGUGGAGGAGGUACAGGAAGUUCUCAGAGCAGUUGAUAUAAACCCAUCAGUCUUGUCGGAGGACUCUCUUCGAGUUUUCUCGCCUGAUACCCCAUCCGAGACCGAUGGAAUGGAAGUGUAUUUUCCUGCAUCAACUAGUCGCCUCGCCGAACUAAGUAUCUCUAUCAAACCAGGAUACAGUCAGUCUAACUAUCUACGACGUCUAGGCCACGACGUGAAGUUUGUCAUCAUCCGUCCUGAUUUAUACACGUUCGCUCUCACGAAAAAUACUGAAGAACUGACCGAUACGUUGCAGCUGAGCAUUGGAGUCUGCAUAAAAAAGGCCAGCAAGCAAUUCAUCAUCGAUACCGUGAACACUAUCGCGAACGGUGACGCGACGAAGACGAAUGCGUUCAUCUCUGACUGCGGGUAUGACUUCGAGCUGGAGGACUUAAAAGACCACAAGCUGAAUGUCGACCCGUCAAAUGGCCGGAUCUACAUCGACGGUGCCAUGACACAUAACACAACGGAACCAGACGGCAAGAUUCUCGGCUUUAGCGAGGGCAAGGAGAGGGGCGCAACUGUUAAGUCCGACGCGCCGUCGGCCUGGCGAGCGAGGCUUUCCACGCUGCCAGUCCUCAAUACAGGCCAGCGGGCUUUGAUUAUACAGUUCCGAGCUUGCGACCCGAUUUUAAGUAGGCAGUCGAGCGAUCGGUUAAUCGCGACCUGGAGAGCCUUCAUGGAUAAGCAUAGCCAGGAAGCGCAGAACGGCCGCGCGCAAGCGACGGACAAGGAGAAAGCCAAACAAGAUCUGGUCGACCAGUUGAACGUCGAAGACGACGUGGCAAAGAAGGCAGAAUUGGAGCAGAAGAUCGAGGAUUUGGUGAUAGAGACGGAAAAGCUCAAGCCCGAGGUAAAAGCGAAAGAGGAGAAGGCGAAGGGGGGAAAAGAGGGGAGAGGUCGGGAAUUGGAGAAGACAGAUGAGGCUAGAAAGAAAGCCAGAGAGAAGGAGAAAAGAGGUGCUCAUGCGGAGUAUGUCUAG